AUGUCGUUCAAUUGGUCGGCUACGUUCACCAUCGGCCAACCAGCAGAGACAUCGAAGGGCGACAAGAUCAUCCUCCCCCAGGCCGCUCUCGAGUCCAUCAUCCACGCCCAUGCCUCUGCUCCGCUUCUGCCUCUCCAACCAGACCCAAACUACGACCCCACCUCAUGGGCACAACCACAGUUCAACCCUUACGAACCCAUAAAACCUCAAGAACUGCCCUCACCUCUCACCUUCCAGAUCCGCAACCCUGCCAACCGGCUACUGACUCACGGUGGUGUCAAAGAGUUUUCUGCCGCCGACGGUCAAGUCCAUCUCCCACCUUGGAUGAUGACCUCGCUCGCCCUCACUCCUGGCGACCAGGUCAUGGUCAAGUACGCUGCCCUCCCCAAGGGUACUUGGGCAAAGUUCCGUCCUCUCUCUGCCGAUUACAUGGAGAUUCUCGAUUUCCGGGCUUUGCUCGAGGCACGUCUCCGGUCUAACUAUACAACACUCACCCGAGGCGAAGUUCUCAAAGUCCAUCAGGGAACAAAGGAGUUUGGAUUUGUUGUUGAGGAGCUCAAACCAGAACCAGGAGAAGCCGUCUGUAUUACCGACACUGAUCUGGAGGUUGACAUCGAACCACUGGAUACUGAAAUGGGUGACGCUACAACUCAGUCUGCAAGCGGCAUCUUGGACGGACAAGGAUCCAGGAGAGGCGGAAACAAUCAACAUAAUGUUUUGAAGAUUGGCUUCGAGUCUCAAGGUCGAGUAUCUCCAGAAGCAUACCAGAGGUGGACAGUUGACAUUCCCAACCGGAAGUCGGGCAUCGAGAUUACAGUGCAUGUUCAGGAGCCUGGUGACUUGGAUAUGAUAGUGUCCACCAAACUACCCAUCUCUCUGCAGGAUCACCUCUGGGCCAACUUUGAGUCUGUCGGCCCUCGAGUCAUUAUUAUCCCAGCAGGUGAUCGGGAUUAUGCUACCCAACAGGACUCGCAGGUCAUUCAUAUUGCCGUCUACGGAAGGGAGCCUACUACCGUCGCCGCUUCUGGAUCCUCCUCCUCGACAGCGUUUAGUUCUGCAGGAGAAGCCAUCUACAGCAUCCAAGUUCAUUACCAGGAUAACGAGGAGCACUCCUCAGAACCACCAUCAGGAUCGUCGUCGUUGUCUGCAGCAGCAGACAUUCCCAACAAGAAUGCACCGGGGUAUCAAGAGUGCACCAACUGCGGUUCAUGGAUUCCAGAGCGGACCAUGAUGCUCCACAGCAAUUUCUGCCACCGUAACAACGCAAAGUGCAACAAGUGCGGUCUUGUCAUGAAAAAAGAAGAUCUCCUCAACCACUUUCACUGCGAUCAUUGCGACAAGCAUGGAGACGUUUCGGAAAAGAAGAAGCAUAUGGAGAUUUUUCAUGGAUGGUAUCAGUGUUCGUGCGAAUCAUUCGAAUCACCUUCGCUGCCCGAGCUGGCCAAGCACCGUCGGACGACAUGCUCAGAGCGAUUCAUCAUCUGUCGAUACUGUCACACUCUGGUUCAGCAAGGAGGACCUGCCUCGAACGCACGCGAUCGGAUGCGGGGGCUGCACUCUCACGAGUCCUAUUGUGGCGACAGGACGAUUCAAUGUCAAAAGUGCUCACAAAUGGUUUCGCUCAAGGAUGUUCAGGUUCAUGCCCAGAACCACGAGUACCAGCGACAGAGCCAAGCAACGCCUCAACUCUGCUCUAAUCAAAACUGUGUCCGGUCCAAAGGAGCGACCUCAAACGUCCUGGGACUUUGUCAGUUGUGCUUUGGACCUUACUGGGUUCCGACGGAGGAUCCCAAGAACCAGAAGCUUGUUCAGCGGUUGGCGAGAAAGUAUCAUGCGCAGCUGAUGACUGGGUGCGGAAACAAGUGGUGUCGGAGCCAGUACUGUGCAACGUCUCGCGGUCGACAGAUGGAUGCAACUAGUGCAGCGACAGAGAUGAUGAGUAUUCUCAAGGAGGCCCGCGUUGGUGCAGCAGAUGGACACAAGACAUGGCUCUGUGUGGAUGAAGGCACGACCAGGAAGAAAGUGAUGGCUGAGUUACUGCUGGAGGACGUGCGCGGACAGUACACAAUAGAAUGGUGCGUCAAGGCUCUCGAAGCCGAGCGGACAGAUCUGGAGGCUGCAGCUCAAUGGCUUCAGCUCCAGGCACCCAAAGUCAAGAAGGCUGCCGCAUAG